CUCCGCAAAGCAAUAUCGUCAAUACUGAUACAGCUGCGUACCGAACGAAUCGGGCUAGCGCACUAUCUGUGGCGAAUUAACAGGCGAGAACAACCAUACUGUGUCUGCGGCCUAUCUGGUCAAUCAGUACGACAUAUCCUCAUGGAAUGCCCACUGUAUGAGAAUGAACAUAGUCUCAUGUGGUCACGAAUCAAGGGAUUCCAAUGCACAACAGAUCUGCAAGCAUUACUCAAGGAAAAAAAGGCCGUAAUUGCAAUUGCGCAGUUCAUCAUUGACACGCGAGUGCUUGAUCAAUUCCGUGAGGUAGAUCCGGAAGCAGUUGGCAUCUAUGAAAGCGCAGAAACAGCGGCUCAAUUGGAGCCUGCAAAUGACAAGGACACUGACGUGGGAACAUCUUCCGUUCUCUGUGGCGCGCCUCUAUGGCGCACCACCCGUGGCUGGGCCGCGGAUCUAUUGGUGCCUGCAGGCUUAGGCACACACCUGGAUAGCGGCUCUUAG